CAUGUAAUUGUCUUUAUGCAGCAGCAGCAAAAGAGAUUCUUGAAUGUUCCUGUGGGUGCUUUACUUCAUGAGCAUUUUUUUGGAAUAAUGUUCAUCUUCACUGGCAUAUCUUUGGUUAAUUAUGUGCUGAUGAACUCGGCUGCAUCUGUUUUCGGAAGCACAGACAUAGAUCUCAACUUUCAUGAUGUGUGUCUGCUGAUGGAUCAGAUUUUUAGGAUUCCAAUAGCACCUAUAGCAGUAUUGCUGCUCCUAUUCUCUAGUCAGAUUGGAGCUUUGGCUUGGAAUACAGAUGGACCUCAAAUCUUGCAUUAUUCUUUUGGUGCGAAUGUUUCUGUUUGGGGUCGUCGUCUUUUAUUGAAAACCUCCUCUGUGAUUCCUGCUCUUUGCUGUGCAAAAAUUGGAGGCGCUGAAGGGAUAUAUAAAUUUCUUAUUUUUUGUCAAGUUAUACAGGCUAUGCUUCUUCCAUCUUCAGCAAUUCCACUUUUUAGAGUAGCAUCUUCGAGAUCAAUAAUGGGAGAAUACAAAAUGGCAUGGUAUCUGGACAUAAUGUCUCUGUUGGCAUUUCUUCUAAUGCUGGCUUCGAAUAUAUUCUUCAUCAAUGAAAUGUUGUUUGGAAAUAGUAUCUCGAUAAACAGCCUCAAGGAAAAUACAAGAUUUGGUGGAACUAUCACAUAUGCUGCCAUUCUUCUUGUUGCUUGUGCUUCAAUACUUUUUACACUAUACCUAGCAGCUACGCCUCUCAAAUCUGCAAGUGAUUUUCCAGAUUUAGGAACUUUGGUUUCGCUGAAGGAUGAACUACCCGAGGAAACAGAAGAUGACAUUCGAGAUAAGACUACUUCUAUCAGAGAUGAGAUUAAAGCUACUGAAAAUCAGCUUUCACUGGAACCUCUUGCGGAGAAUACUCUGCAGUAUACUGAUAUAUCACUUUCAGAAUCUAUACUCGAACAAUCUGAUGCAGCUAUGGAUUCUGAUAAUGAUCCUUGUCAAAUUAUUGACAGUACUGCUGCUUCUAACACAACUUUUGAUUCUGAUCAUGAUUGCCAUCAACAUAUUCAUGUUUCUGGCUCGUCUAAUACCUUUAUUGCGCCAAUAUUUCAACCUGAAGUAUCAAAGUCUAUUGAUGUAGAAGACUUGGAAAGUGUGAGUGGCACAUCCACCAAUACCUUGUUAGAUACUGCUAUUAAAGAAAAACAUGAAUUUGAAACCGACAAGGAAGAUUUGGCAUUAGAAGUAGCUAUUGCCACUGUGAUGGAAAAAGAUGAGACAUUGGAUACUAAGGAUUCUGUAGGCGAGCUGUUGGUGCCCAUAAGCGAAGCGUUGCCUCAUUUGACAUCUGAGGAUUCUGAAUGUUGUAACACUGCUACUGUAAAAAUUUCAGAGGAUAGUACUGGCAGUGUAAACUUAUCAAAGUUGUCUGGAUUAGGCCGUGCUACUAGAAGGCAAUUUGCUGCCAUAUUGGAUGAGUUCUGGGGUCAAUUUUUUGAUUUCCACGGGAAACCAACACCAGAAGCUGUUGGGCAAAAGUAUGAUUCUUUGUUGGGAUUAGACUCGAAAGGUGUUAGAUCUGCAAAAGGUGAUAUAGGAACAGAGCCAUCCAUUAAUUUUCAUAAAGAUGUUGAUAGAAUAACAAUUUUCCCACCCAACCCAAUGGAAUAUAACUCUCAUAAGAUGAAAAUCUCGGCCAGUGGAGAUUUAUCCUAUGGAUCUCAGAUGGGCUCUUCAACUUGGUCUCGGAACUUGCAAGCGAAAACACAUUUUCUAAACUCAGCUGGUAACCUACCUGAGCCAAAUGAAAGACGUUAUUCUAGUUUAUAUCUGCCACAAUACUCAGACAACCAUGAUUAUCAGCCGGCUACAAUCCAUGGAUACCAGAUAGCAUCUUAUCUAAAGGAAAUUGGUGCGACGCGAAAUCCUUUUUCUUCAAAUGUGGCACCUGAAUCUCCGAGAGUUACUAAAUCUUCUCUGAAAGUUCCUCCAGGGUUUGGGGAUUCAGUUCCAUACAGCGAUAGACAAACUGGACUGAAUUCACUUGCACCUUCUAGUUUGCAAAGCCCAACAGCAUCUCGAGUUAGUAGAAUGCAGGUGGAAGGAAAUUAUUUCAACCCUUCUUUGGUUGAACCUAUAGGAAAUGCUGACACGUCUGCCUAUGAAAAGAAAUAUCAUAGUUCUCCAGACAUUUCUGCUCUUAUCGCUGCUAGCAGGAACUAUUACUUGAAUGAGUCGAAGUUGGGUGGUCCUAUUGGUUCCAGACCAUCUGUUAGUAGGAUGAUGACUAGCCAGCAGCACCAGUAUUUGAAUCCCAUCUCCAGAACGGCAGUUUCAUCACCAUUCAAUGAGUUCUACCCACCCAAUCUCCAGAGAGAUGCACUCCCUCCUCAAUCAAAUUUGAGUUCAGGCAGCAAAUCCCUUUGGUCUAUGCAACCAUAUGAACAAUUCUUUGGUACGCCAACCAGGGAAUACAAUCUAGGGGGACGAACAGUCCCUGACAAACCUGGCAGCGCUUCCCAAGAAGUUUUCCCUUGUGCAGAGGUAGAACGCAGGUUGUUACAAUCUCUUCGAUCAUGUAUCUUGAAGCUCCUGAAAUUGGAAAACUCAGAUUGGCUUUUCAGACUAAAUGAUGGAUGUGACGAGGAACUAAUUUAUCAAGUUGCUACAACUGAGAAGAAUAUGUGCAAAGUGGUUGAGAUGAAUCAUUUGGAUUCUAGUGAACUUCGCCACUUGUCCCCUGAACGAAAGCUUAAUUCAGUUCAGAGGAAUGAGGAGGCAGACAUCUCUUGCACUUUGUCGCUGCCUAAUUGUGGAGAUGGUUGUAUAUGGCGCACAUCCCUUCUUGUGAGUUUUGGAGUGUGGUGCAUUCAUCGGAUAUUGGAUCUGUCCCUUGUUGAAAGCCGGCCAGAGUUGUGGGGUAAAUACACUUACGUGCUCAAUCGUCUUCAGGGGAUUCUUGAUCUUGCAUUUUCCAAACCCCGUUCUACGCUCAACACUUGCUUGUGUCUCGAUGUACCACUGGAAGUUGCUGAGCCUUCCGACUCUCUUAUGCUGUCAAAAAUGAUAAGUGGAUCCUUCACAACUGCAGCUAUGAUUCUUGAUAUUAUCAAAGAAGUUGAAAUUUCAGUCUCGGGCCGAAAGGGUCGGACUGGCACAGCAGCAGGCGACGUUGCAUUUCCCAAGGGGAAGGAGAACUUGGCAUCUGUGCUGAAGCGUUACAAGCGCCGGCUCUCAAACAAGAGCGGCGGAGCACAGGAAGUUUCAUUUCCCCGCAAGAUUCAAACGGCUCCAGUGCUAUAACGACUGUACCGAUGUUUUCGAUACUUGGUUUUUUCGUUGAAAAACGUUCUCAGGGUCCAAAGCUGUUACUCUUUGUCCCUCCGAGUUUCCCAUUGUGUAUGUUGUAUAAUUAAGCAGGAUUAUGUAGGAUUUCUUCAGUUUCAAGAUCUUAAUCCUAAUAUUUGUUUUCGAAUA